AUGAAAAUGAUAAUACUUGAAAGAACAAAAAUGUUUAUGACUUUGUCAGUUUUUUUAUUGUUAAUUAUUAACAAAAGUUUAGCCCUAGAAAAUGGGCUUGCCAGAACACCACCCAUGGGUUGGUUGGCUUGGGAACGUUUCCGAUGUAAUACUGACUGUGAAAAUGAUCCUGAUAAUUGUAUUAGCGAUCAGCUAUUCAGAACGAUGGCAGAUUUAGUUGUUGCUGAAGGUUAUGCCGAUGUUGGAUAUGAAUACAUAAAUAUUGAUGACUGUUGGAUGGAAAAAAACCGUGCUGGUAAUGGCAAUGUUGUCCCUGAUCGAAAGAGGUUUCCAUAUGGUCUAAAAAGCCUUAGUGAUUAUAUUCACAUGAAAGGAUUGAAGUUUGGAAUUUAUGGCGACUAUGGAAAUUAUACUUGUGCGGGUUAUCCAGGAAUUUUGGGUUACAUGAAAAAUGACGCUGCAUCUUUUGCUUCUUGGAAUGUUGAUUAUGUCAAACUUGAUGGAUGUUACGCAGAUCCCUCUGACAUGGAUCAAGGUUAUCCAGAGUUUGGAGUUCAUUUAAAUCAAACAGGAAGACCUAUGAUUUACUCUUGCAGCUGGCCGGUUUAUCAAAUUUAUGCUGGUAUUAAACCUAAUUUCUCAUCUAUCAUUUCACACUGUAACCUUUGGAGAAAUUAUAACGACAUCCAAGAUUCAUGGGCAAGUUUAGAAUCAAUAAUUGACUACUAUGGUGAUAACCAAGAUGAUAUAAUAUCUCAUGCUGGCCCAGGUCACUGGAAUGAUCCCGACAUGUUAAUUGUCGGCAACUUUGGACUUAGUUAUGAACAAAGUAAAACCCAAAUGGCAUUGUGGGCUAUUUUAGCCGCUCCACUGUUGAUGUCUGUUGACUUGAGAACUAUUCGACCGGAAUACAAGGCUAUAUUACAGAAUAAAAAAAUAAUUGCUGUCGAUCAAGAUCCUCUUGGCAUUCAAGGACGUAGAAUUUACAAACAUAAAGGCAUUGAAAUUUGGGCUAGACCAAUCACUCCUGUUCAUCAAACUUAUUAUUCCUAUGCGAUUGCAUUUUUGAACAGAAGAACAGACGGCACACCUUCGGACGUAUCAGUAACACUAAAAGAAUUGGGUCUUCAAUAUCCGAAAGGUUACAGAGUAGAAGAUUUAUAUGAAGACGUUAAUUAUGGAAUACUAACACCAGAAACGAAGAUUAAAGUGAAAGUAAAUCCAUCAGGUGUUGUUAUCCUUCGGUGUAACGUUGAACGUGAACAAUUCUUUACACGGAGCCAUGUAUUAUCACCAUUUUUACCUUUGAAUCCAGCUUUUAAUGUCAGAGAUAAUACAUUUGAAUAA